AUGGGUCCACAACCAUUUUCAGGAAUCAAUUUCGACAACCGUGGCCAUGGAGUGCAGAACGCCAAUAUCAACGGCAAAAACCAAUACAACAAUAACUCCAACGGGGCACAGUACAACGAUUGCAUAGUCAAUAUAUCCGGCAACCAUGUGGACCCUGAGCUUGAACAAGAAGAAGAGCAAAAAAAGAUGGAUAAUGAUAUCCUUGGGUCACUAGCAUUUCCCGAGAUGCUCCAACGGCGAGAAGGCAUUCAAAGAUGCCAUGAAAAUACUUGCCAGUGGAUUUUGGGGCUCGAAAAGUACAAUUCCUGGAUGAACAGCUCUCAGGCCUUGAUGUGGAUCAAGGGCAAGCCAGGAGCCGGCAAAUCAACACUGAUGUCGUUUCUGUACAACAAAUUUCAGGAAUCGCAAGGCAAGAGCCAAGGAAUUCAGCUCGAAUUUUUCUUUACCGCCGGUGGCACCGCCCUGCAAAAAACACCCCUUGGGAUGCUCAGAUCGUUGCUCAACCAACUCUUUCUCAACGAUGCGGCCAUACGUCCUUCGGUGCGUGCGGCAUACAAAAGAAGAUGCGAGAAGUUUGGGAGUGACAAAUGCAAUUUGAAAUGGGCAAAAGAGGAGUUGGAGGAUUUACUAAAAAAGGCAAUACUGGAUUCAGCGACUCGUCAGCAUGUGACUAUUUUCGUGGAUGCUUUGGACGAGACCGGCGAGAUCCCUGCUCAGGAGCUGGCUGAGUAUCUCCACAAGCUUAAUAAAUCUGCGGGCCGUGACAAGGUUACCCUCAAAAUAUGCUUCUCGUGCCGACACUAUCCAAUUGUGGACAGUGACGAGGCGACUGAGAUAACAGUCGAACAUCACAAUUACGAGGACAUUUCCUCCUACAUCAAGGACAAAUUCCCUAAUCGACUUCGUGACCAACAUGUUUGGCAGAAAUUGACAAAUGAACUGGCAAAGCAGGCAAAUGGUGUGUUCCAAUGGGUCCAUAUCAUCAUGCCCCAUAUCCAGCGUAAAGUUCGUCAUGGUCACUGUGCUGAAAGUAUCCAUGAAUGGGUAAAGGAGGUCCCAGAAGAGCUCAAAGAAAUGUAUCUGGUAAUAAUGGACCAGAUAACGGCUAUAGAGGAUGAGCAGGAGGUUUUCUUAUUCUUUCAGUGGAUAUGUGCGGCUGAACGACCCCUCACUUUGAGAGAAAUGCGAUAUGCGUUGGCUACAAAAAAUGCCACGAUAACAUCAACCCAGCCAUGGGAGCAGAUAAGCAAAUUUGUCAAGUCAGACGAUGAUAUGAUGCGCAGGAUCAAGGCGCUUUCCGGUGGAUUGGCCGAAAUCACAUCAAUCCGCGGCGAUGAUGUUAUACAGGUAGUCCACCAAACAGUCGAUGAAUUUUUACGUGACAAGGGACUCAUUCACUUGCGUUCACUUGCUCAUGACGGCCAUACAUCCAUCACUAAGCCACCAUGCAACGGAAAAGAAAUGAUGCUUGAAUGCCAUGCAACGCUUUACCAGUCAUGUUUGAUCUAUCUUAACAGAGAGGUGUCACCGCGCUGUCGUGGCAGACGAGGUACACCUGUCUACCUUGAGCAAGUCAGUUCAGUAAGCAAGUCCUAUCCUAAAUGUGACAAAGUCCAGUUGAUUGGCAAUCGACAAUUUCUUCAAUAUGCGACCUUGAAUCUUUUCGUGCAUGCAAAAAAGGCCGGGCGCUCUCGUACGACCGCCAAUCUUCUCAACUGCUCUCAUUUCAAUGUUAUACAUGAUGAAAUGCAAACACUACAGGCUUUUUUUAGCCAAUGGCUCAAUAUCCACAUGGUACUGAGGUCAUCAGUCUAUGAUGAGAAGUACCAACGCGGAACGACGCUGCUCCAUAUGGCGGCAGCUGCCAACAUGGUUGAGGUUAUAGAUUUUCUAAUCCAAAACAAUGAGAACAUCAAUCAGACCAAUAUCAUGGGACAGUCAGCUUUUCAUUUAGCAGCGAGAUGGGGUCAUACAGAAGUGGCUCAGAUGCUCAAGGGAAGGGGCGCAAAUGACAGAAAGAGUACCUGGGAUACUUCGGGUACCUGGGGUAUCUUUGGAACAACGCCAUUAGAGGAAGCAGCGAGAUAUGGACAUGUGGAAUUUGUUGAAUGGCUUCUGCUUGAGGAAACCAACACCGGCACAAGAUCAAAAAAAGCCGGAAAUGUGCUACAGGCUGCUUCAUCAACCGGCCAGGCAGACUUAGUGAACUUGUUGAUUCAAAACGGGGCAGAUGUCAACACCCAGGGUGGUCAAUACUGCAAUGCCCUACAGGCCGCUGCAUUUGCGGGAAGCGCCGAAGUGGUGGAAAUGUUAUUCGACAAGGGGGCCGAUGUUAAUGCCCAAGGUGGUGAAUAUGGCAAUGCCCUACAAGCCGCUGCAUACGUGGGGAGCGCCGAAGUGGUGGAGAUGCUGCUCUACAAGAGAGCCGAUGUGAAUGCCCAAGGUGGUGAAUACGGCAACGCCCUACAAGCCGCUGCAUACGCGAGGAGCGCCGAAGUGGUGGAGAUGCUGCUAGAUAAAGGGGCUGAUGUCAAUGCCCAGGGUGGUAGAUACGGCAACGCCCUACAGGCCGCUGCAUUUAACAAGAGUGUCGAAGUGGUGGGAAUGCUGCUAGAUAAGGGGGCCAAUGUCAAUGCCCAAGGUGGUGAGUACGGCAGCGCUCUACAGGCCGCUGCAUUUAACAGAAGCGCCGAAGUCGUGGAGAUGCUGCUCAAUAAGGGGGCCAAUGUCAAUGCCCAGGGUGGUGAAUACGGAAGCGCACUACAGGCCGCCGCAUCAACUAGGAGCGAUGAUGUGAUGCAAAUCCUGCUCGACAAGGGGGCCGAUGUCAAUAUUCAGGGUGGGCAUUACGGCAACGCCCUACAGGCCGCUGCGUCAAUGGGGAGCGUCGACGCAGUGCGGGUGCUACUUGACGAGGGGGCCGGUGCCAAUAUUCAGGGUGGACAAUACGGCAGUGCCUUGCAGGCUGCUGUGUCAAUAGAGAGCGCCGAAAUAGUGUCGAUGCUACUUAAUGACGGGGCUGAUGCCAAUGCCGAAAACGCACAACAGGCCACUGCAUUAAAGGGGAAAGCUAAGGUGAUAGAGAUGUCUCAAUGGGAGGGCUCAGUAUCAGGAAAAGAAUUCACCAAGAAUUUGCUUGCAAGCUACUACCCGGCCCUUGACAAGAGACCUAGUUCCCUCCGGGUGUAG